AUGGCUUUGAGUGAGGCUGGGUACAUCUCAUCCACUGUUGAUCACUCUCUCUUUAGAAAAACAGGUCCCUCCGGCUCCUCGUUUGUCCUUGUGUACGUUGAUGAUCUAUUGAUAACCGGGGAUGACAUUAUAGAAAUUACAUCUUUGAAGCAACAUUUGCAUCGUCAAUUUCAAAUCAAAGAUUUGGGGGACCUUCGAUACUUCCUUGGAGUUGAAGUUGCAAAGACGGAUCGGGGCAUUUUUCUCUGUCAAAGAAAAUAUACAUUGGACAUCUUGGCCGAUAUGGGGAUGACAGCUUGUCGACCGGCUCACACCCCCAUGGAGCAACACCUGAAAUUAAAUCCGGAUGAUGGCGAAUUCUUACCUAAUCCUUCCACAUAUCGGUGUCUCAUUGGCCGCCUUAUAUAUCUCAAUUUUACACGGCCGGACAUCAGCUAUUCUGUUCAGGUUCUAAGCCAAUUCAUGCACGCUCCACGUCGUCCUCAUCUUGAUGCUGCGCUGCAUAUAUUACGUUACCUCAAAACAACCCCUGGUCACGGGAUUUUUUUGUCCGCCCAAAGUUCUCUACAACUUCGAGCAUAUGCAGAUUCUGACUGGGCCAGUUGCCCGUUUACUCGCUGUUCUACUACAGGAUAUUGCAUCCUCCUUGGUGAUAGUCCCAUCUCCUGGCGUUCUAAGAAACAAAGCACGCUUUCGCUCUUGGCAGAAUCGAGUAUCGUGCCAUGGUGCAUGCUUCCAGAAAUACAAUGGCCGCUUUAUCUCCUAAUUGACUUAAGAAUUCCCCACCAUCCACCAGGUGCCACUUCUUUGUGA